AUGUGGGGGCCCAGCGCGGUGGUGCGCAGCGGGGGGCUGCUCUCGGGCGCCCGCCUGGGCUGCCGCUUGCGGGAGGAGGACGUGGGGCGCCGCGAGUCCUUCAGCGCCGAGUGGCUCGACCUGGUGCUCAGCACCCGGCCCGAGGACGGGUGGUGCCUGCGGGAGGUGGACGAGCAGCGCCGGGAGACGCUGGAGCGGCGCGGGGAGACGCGGGUGCUGGAGCAGCGCUCGCCCUGGGGGCUGGUGCGCUGCGGGCACCUGGGGCAGCCGCUGGCCCAGCACCUGCUGCCCUACGCCCGCACGCUGCCCCUGCCCCUCUUCGAGCCCCCCGACCUGCGCGGCGCCAAGGCCGCCGUCCCCCGCGCCCUCUCCCGCUCCCUCUCGCACGAGGCCCAGCGGGGCUGAGGGGCCCCGGCGUCCGGGCCGCGGGCGGGGGGCUGCAGCAGGCGCUGGGCUGGGCGCUAGUUUGCUAGUGGGGGGCUGAGCAGGUCGGCGGCGGCGGGGGGCAGAGGGGGCCCGGACGCCUGGGCCCGCUCUGCAGCCCUGGAGAAGCAGCGUGGGCGGAUGGACGGCGGCGGCGUGGAGGGGGGCCCGGACUCGCGGGUCCCC